AUGACGGCUACGACUGCUUUGACAGCCCAGAACACACUAGGCGUCCAGGACAUCCACCAUACCCCGCCGGACUUUGUGCGGAAGCAGAUCGAUGCUGUCUGUGAAGAUGUGGGCGUGGAUGUGGUCAAGACAGGCAUGCUUGCAUCUGCUGAGACCAUUAUGGUCGCUGCGGAUGCUUUGAAGAGACAUGAGAUCAACACCAGUAUCGUUGAUCCUGUAAUGGUGUCAACAUCUGGCUCACAGCUCCUUCCCGAAUCAGCCAUCGAAACCCUGAUUCAACACCUUCUGCCUCACACGACGCUUCUCACACCAAACCUUCCUGAGGCUCGCUUGCUUCUCCAAACGGCCGGGUACGAUAUUCCUGAUCCGAAGAAUGUUGAUGACAUCGUCUCGAUGGCGCAGCAUGUCCGGUCACUAGGACCCAAAUGGGUGUUACUGAAGGGGGGCCAUUUACCAUUGACCCACGGCCGGGUAGUCAGCACGCACGACAGCGAGAGGGAAGUCGUCUUGAACAUCCUCGUGGGUGAGACUGGAGUCACAAUGCUAGAGAGCCCGUAUCUGCAGUCGAGGAACACGCAUGGGACAGGGUGUUCAUUAGCAUCCGCUAUUGCGUGUAAUCUGGCGGAGGGAAUGUCGAUGGCCAAGGCGGUCAAGAAGGCCAAUCUGUACGUUGAAGCAGGCAUCAAGACAGCUGUCGAUAUGGGAGGGGGAAGCGGCCCCAUCAACCAUUUCCACUCGAUGUACAUGCUGCCUUUCACGCCAGGCAACUUUAUUAGCUAUCUGCUCGACCGAGAAGACGUGCAGAAGCCGUGGAAGGAAUAUACCCAACACGAGUUCGUGCAGAGUAUGGGCGCUGGGACAUUGCCAGUGGAGAAGUUCAUGUACUACCUUGUGCAGGACUACCUCUUCUUAGUCCAAUUUGCAAGAGCGAACGCGCUGUCUGCAUACAAAUCUAGCAAUCUGAGAGACAUUGGGUACUCCGUGCAACAAGUCGUCACCCUCCAGGAAGAGAUCAAGCUGCACAUCGACUUCUGUAAAGAGUACGGACUAUCGGAGGCCGACAUCAUCGAAGAAGAAGAGGACCAGGCCACCACGGCAUACACCCGUUAUGUGCUCGACAUCGGCCUGUCGCAAGACUAUCUUGCUCUGCAGAUUGCGCUUUUGCCUUGUCUCAUCGGUUACGGCAUUAUUGCCAAACGUCUCUACGAAGAUCCCAGCACCGUGAGGGUGGGAAGCAAGUACUGGAAGUGGAUUGAGCAGUAUGUGGCAGAAGAGUACAGGGAAGCGAUGAUGAGGGGCAGUGAGCUGGUAGAGAAGCAUGCCGAGGGACUGAGUCCGAGCCGGGUGGAAGAGCUGGCCAAAAUCUUCAUACACGCUACAAAUGUGAGUGCUAGGCUGAAUAUGACAGUCGGUAACAUGCUAAUGCUGUAUAGAUGGAGAAGGGGUUCUGGGACAUGGGCCUCAGAGCUGGUGAUGGGCCAAGGUGAGAACCAGGGCACAGGACUGUAUCCUAUCUGA